AUGGUCAUCCCUUUGGGGCGGCUUUCUGCCCUAAGACGUUUCUCCAGUCUCUACUUUUACCUGGCGAUCACUUGUCUUUUGGUUAUGUUGGCAAUGAUGGCUGCCAUGGGAGACACGGUCGAGGAAGAGCCGGGCAGUGGGAUGACAGCGCACGGCCUUCUAGAGCCCAAGCUCAAGGUCAUGAUUGUGGGUGACUCCAUGUCUCAGGGCCGAGAGGGCGACUGGACCUGGCGUUUUCGCAUCUGGGAGUGGUUUAAAGAUCAAGGUCUUACUGUAGACUUUGUAGGCCCGUAUAAUGGCACAGCUCAGUCGGACCUGCCCUCGCUACCGGCAACCCCCUCAGGCAAUGAAGAGUCGCAGUGGGAGAGCGAGAUCAGAACGAGUGGAGGAUACGCAGCCGGUGUGUCACAGGACUUUGAUAAAAACCAUUUUGCGAUUUGGGGUCGUGCCGUCGCAAUAGACAAAGGGCUAAUCUAUGAUGUCCUCGCCGCCUACCCUGCCGACUUGAUACUUUUGAUGUUGGGUUUCAACGACAUGGCCUGGUUUCACAGCGACGCCGCAGGUACUGUGGACAGCAUGCAGACGUUUAUUUUGAAUGCCCGUGCAGCUAAUCCGAGACUUAAAUUUGCUAUCGCGAAUGUACCCCAGCGAACCUUUAUCAGCGGUCGGGAAGAUCUCCCCGUCAGCACCAACAUAUACAACGCGUUAUUGCGAGAGGCGAUUCCCAGAUGGAGCACCCUGGAUUCACCAGUCCAACUAGUCGAGCUGCACGAGAACUAUGAUUGCGCGCCGAUCGCGUGUCCCGUGGGCUAUGAUGGUCUUCACCCAAAUGCCCAGGGUGAAUAUCAGAUUGCUCGGGCAUUCACACUUACUCUGGUGAAAGAUUUCGAUAUCGGCGCCUCUCCGCUGUCUGUCCCUACCGUGUCUGGUGGGCCAUUAUCUAUAUCAUCCAAGUUUCAAGAUGUUGGUAGUCUUCCGCAGGGGGUACCAGAUAUGAUAAUAUGA